GAUAAACCAUAACAAUAACAACACAUCCAUGCUGCGAAUCUUAUGGUUCGAGAUGAUACAAAUUUAUAUAAAAGUGAAAAAAUGUAUGUCUGUCGCCAAUUGUGAUUUGGCUAAGUUGUACAUCGCGUGAAAACAUUAGACAUUAAAGAUGCGCGAAGCCAUUAUUGUGGUAAUUAUGGUGGCGGUUGCUCAAAAAGUCGCAUUCGCCCAAAGUACCCCAUAUGGUAUAAUACCAGAUGAUCAUCAGAAAACAUCACCAUCGCUUCAAUGGACUGGGGCAACAUUCGCCUGGCCUUGUCCAUCUACUAAGUCUUUGUAUAAGAAUUCCAACAAGUACAUAAGCAAGAACAUAAUUGCAACAAGAGCCCAGAUAACCGGUGAUGACGUAUAUCUGGCGCUUCCCAGAUAUAAAUAUGGUAAUCCAGCGACGCUAGUCAGAACGAAUUUGAAAGAAGGCAGUUGUCACACCACUUUGGAGCCGUUUCCUUGCUGGAGUAUGCAAGAAGAAGGAAAUUGUCAAGCCUUUCAAUCUGUCGUUGAUUUGUAUAUAGACAACAAUAACAUUCUCUGGGUUUUGGAUGUUGGUAUCGUCCAAACACUUGAAAAUCCGGUUCGACGAUGCCCACCGAAAGUUGUGGCUAUCAGUCUAAAAACGAAGAAAGUUCUCAAAGUUAUCACACUCGAUGGACUAACUUCGAAGACUUCGAGGCUGCAAUAUCUUGCCAUCGAUUAUGCAUCUGAUGGCAAAUGCUUUGUCUAUGUAAGCGAUGCAUCGACACGUGCAAUUAUCGUUUUCGAUGUACAAGCGUCACGUGGAUUCAGAGUCGUGCUACCAAAGGCUGUUAUAUCCGGUAGUUCAAGGAAAGAUGUAUUGUAUUUGGCAUUAGUACGUAAAUCGUGUGGCAGCACAGUGCUGUAUUUCACCUAUUUGGGAUCGAAACGAGUGUUCUCCAUCAAAACAGAGUAUUUACGCAAAGGCAUCGCUCAAGGUCGCAUCACAGAUGUUGGAGUUAAACCAAACAAAAUCGUGAUAAUCGGAACCGAUAACGGAUCAGCUAUUUUCUUCCGAAACGAAGGACAAUCAGAAGUUUUCCGAUGGGACACGAACGCAUGCUUCUCACAAGCCAAUUUCAAGCCGGUAUAUCGAAGUGACACAUGCCAGCUGGCCACCCAUGCGCUAGCUGAUUAUAAGCGUUCACGAAUGCGUGUCUUGGAAAGCAAUUUCCCCGAUUUUAUGCAGAAUACCGUUGGAUGUGGUGCUGUUCAGCAAUUGUCUGUGAUGCAAGGUUGUUGGUAGAGCGGACUUGCAUGCAGUAGCUAGUCUUUUAAAUGUGUGUCUGUGAUUGAGUGAAUGUCGAAAAUGCCUCGUUUUGUAAAAUGUUAUUUAUUGGAAAUUAAUUUAUUUAUU